UGCGCACUCUCCUCACACACGCAGGGGCUAAUACCGGCUGCGGCGAAGGCGAGAGGGCCUGACACCGGAGAGCGCGGGCCACAGCGGGUCACCGACACCUCACAGCGGCCACAGGAGACACACGGGAGGAACCAUGACGAGCUCAGGAAAGGACAACUCUCGGCUCAAGAGCUACAAGAACAAGUCCCUGAACCCGGAUGAGAUGCGGCGAAGACGAGAGGAGGAGGGGCUACAGCUGCGCAAACAGAAGAGGGAGGAGCAGUUAUUCAAAAGAAGAAAUGUCGCGACCGCAGAAGAAGCGGCUGAAGACGACGCCAUGUUUGAUGCAAACCUUCACGAAGCGUCGACAAACAAUAUGGAGAUGGCAGCGAGCGGGGUGAUCACAUCGGACAUGAUAGACAUGAUCUUCUCUAAUAAUCCAGAGCAGCAGCUCGCUGCCACCCAGAAAUUCCGAAAACUCCUGUCCAAAGAGCCCAAUCCCCCGAUAGACGAAGUGAUCGGUACAAACGGGGUGGUGGCCAGAUUCGUGGAGUUCCAGAGGAAAGAGAACUGCACGUUACAGUUUGAAGCAGCCUGGGUGUUAACAAACAUCGCCUCGGGGAACUCCCUGCAGACCCGGAUCGUCAUCCAGGCGGGGGCCGUGCCGAUCUUCAUAGAGCUGCUCAGCUCAGAGUUUGAGGAUGUGCAGGAGCAGGCGGUGUGGGCUCUGGGGAACAUCGCUGGAGACAGCACCGUGUGCAGAGACUACGUGCUGGACUGUAACAUCCUGCCCCCCCUCUUACAGUUACUCUCUAAACAGAACCGACUCACGAUGACCAGGAACGCGGUCUGGGCGCUGUCUAACCUGUGCAGAGGGAAGAACCCACCUCCGGAUUUUGCCAAGGUCUCCCCGUGUCUGAACGUGCUGUCCUGGCUUCUCUUCGUUAGCGAUACCGACGUCCUCGCCGACGCCUGCUGGGCGCUUUCUUACCUGUCCGAUGGUCCAAACGACAAAAUCCAGGCGGUCAUCGAUGCCGGAGUGUGCAGGCGACUGGUGGAACUCUUACUGCACAGCGACUACAAAGUGGUUUCACCCGCCCUGAGAGCUGUCGGGAACAUAGUAACCGGAGACGACGUUCAGACACAGGUCAUCCUGAACUGUUCAGCUCUUGCAAGUUUACUCCAUUUAUUGAGCAGCCCCAAGGAGUCCAUCAAGAAGGAGGCGUGCUGGACGAUAUCCAACAUCACAGCCGGGAACAGAACUCAGAUCCAGACCGUGAUUGAAGCCGAUAUCUUCCCCGCUCUGAUUAACAUAUUGCAGACGGCAGAGUUCAGAACCCGCAAGGAAGCGGCGUGGGCGAUCACCAAUGCCACAUCCGGGGGCUCCGCAGAACAGAUAAAAUACCUGGUCGAUCUGGGCUGCAUCAAGCCUCUCUGUGACCUCCUCACCGUCAUGGACUCCAAGAUCGUGCAGGUGGCCUUGAAUGGCUUAGAAAAUAUCCUAAGACUGGGCGAGCAGGAAUCGAAGCGGAGCGGAUCAGGCAUCAACCCGUACUGCGCUCUUAUUGAGGAAGCCUACGGCCUGGACAAGAUUGAGUUCCUGCAGAGCCACGAGAACCAGGAGAUCUACCAGAAGGCGUUUGACCUGAUCGAGCAUUAUUUCGGCACGGAGGACGAGGACAGCAGCAUCGCCCCCCAGGUGGAUCUCAGCCAGCAGCAGUACAUCUUCCAGCAGAGCGAAGCUUCCAUAAAGAGAUUCCAGCUGUAACGGGAUCCGGCGGGGCUCAGCAUGCCACAGAGCUUAGAGAUCUCCAUCAUCCCCGAGCCUCCACCAUCUUGUCUGCCGCCUGCGCAGUUUUCUCCUCUUAACCCUUAGUUUACCACUCCGUGAGCCUUUUCUUUUAUCCCCCCCCCCCCCCUCAGUAUUUUAUUUCUUUUUAGAAUUUUUUCUUUCUUCCCCUUCUUUUAGUUUCCGGAUAUUUUUUUUAUUCUCCCCUCACUGUGCACUCUCUUCUCGUUUUCCUCUUUGGUGCUGUCAGUGGAGCUGGGAGGUCUCGUUCCCGGCCACAGCGGGGCUUAUAGCCCACCCCAACACCCCCCCACCGCCCGAGCCUCUGCCUACGCCAUGACGGAUUGGCGUCUCACCCCCAUCUUGAUUGCUUUAUCAUAUCUCCAUUUCACCUCCGACUACAAGGACGCAGUGACUAAAAAGGAAAAGACCCGACCAAAACCGCAUACACCUGACAGUACUGGACGAGAGACUGGUGCCGGGACGAGAGACUGGUGCUGAAACAAGAGACUGGUGCCGAGACGAGACGAGAGACUGGUGCCGAAACAAGAGACUGGUGCCGGGACGAGAGACUGGUGCCGGGACGAGAGACUGGUGCCGAGACGAGAGACUGGUGCCAGGACGAGAGACUGGUGCCGAAACAAGAGACUGGUGCCGAGACGAGAGACUGGUGCCGAAACAAGAGACUAGUGCCGUGACGAGAAACUGGUGCCGAAACAAGAGACUGGUGCCAGGACAUGGGCCUCAGCAUACAAGCUGCCCAGACCUGGACGUCAGAGAGGGACGAGGUAGAGACUUUAACUACACCGGGCCGAGACCGACAAGGAAUUCAGCCUUGGUGACCUCUCGGCCAUUCACCACUGACCUUCUCCACACCUUCCCCCCCCCCCCCCCCGGACCGGUGGUUCAGCUCUCCAGAUGAUCGUCAGGCUGCCUUGAUUUUUAUUUUAUUUUUUAUUUUAUUUUUGCUACAUUUUAGUGUCUCUUCCCUCGGACCCCAUGAGACUGUGGACGGCUGCUGUCCUCCCCAGAGACACGACGGACUUCUUAAAUUCUUUUGUGGAGACUUUUCUAGUGACUCUUUAAAUUAAAAAAACAUGAAAAAAAAAAUGACAAAAAAAACAAACAAACAACAACAAAAAACAAACGAACAGUUCCCCCCUCCCUGAAAAAAGAGAAUAACCCCGACCUCUGAAAAACACAAAGAAGAAAACAAAAUGUGAUGGGACUGAAUCUUUUGGCGCGCGCCAUGGACGACGUUCCAGAGUGAGGCCGCCUCCUCCUCCUCCCGUUCCUUCAUCUGUCUGGUUUACAAAGAGAAGCCGCUGUAGGUUAGAGUAUAUAUAUAUUUUUAUUUUACUUUUGAUGCAGCAAUUUUUUCUUUGCUGUGUAAAUUAUUGCAUUAUUUUAAUGUACACAUUGUUUAUUGUUCCCAAGGCCAUUUUACAGGUCACAGGGUGGUGACACUAUAGAGAUCUAUAUAGAGCAUUUCCCGGGCUUGGGCGCUCGGCGCGUCCUUAUGGGUCUUGUGCAUUUUUCUGGAUAUGCCACGAUGAUUAAACCAUGCUCAUUUCUCUCCA